UUUUGAGCAAGGAGUCCUGUUCUACCUGGGGUGGAGGGCAUUUUUCAACCUUUGAUAAAUAUCAGUAUGACUUCACUGGGACCUGCAACUAUAUCUUUGCAACCGUAUGUGAUGAAACCAGCCCAGACUUCAACAUUCAGUUCCGCCGUGGGCUGGACAAAAAAAUUGCGAGGAUCAUUAUUGAGCUGGGACCUUCUGUUGUCAUUGUUGAGAAAGGCAGCAUUUCUGUCAGGAGUGUUGGUGUCAUUAAGUUGCCUUACACCAGCAAUGGAAUUCAAAUAGCACCUUAUGGACGCAGCAUCCGUCUGGUGGCCAAGCUGAUGGAGAUGGAGCUAGUUGUCAUGUGGAACAAUGAUGACUAUCUCAUGGUUUUGACUGAAAAAAAAUAUAUGGGGAAAACCUGUGGAAUGUGUGGAAAUUAUGAUGGUUAUGAAUUGAAUGAAUUUGUGAGUGAAGGUAAAUUGCUGGAUACAUAUAAAUUUGCUGCAUUACAAAAAAUGGAUGACCCAUCAGAGAUCUGCCUGUCUGAGGAGAUAUCAAUUUCCACCUUUCCUCACAAAAAAUACGCCAUGAUCUGCUCUCAGCUACUUAACUUGGUGUCACCAACCUGCAGUGUACCAAAGGAUGGGUUUGUCAUUCGUUGCCAGCUUGACAUGCAGGACUGCAGUGAGCCAGGACAAAACAAUUGCACUUGCUCUACACUGUCAGAGUAUUCAAGGCAAUGUGCUAUGUCUCAUCAAACGGUGCUCAACUGGAGAACUGAAAACUUCUGCUCUGUGGGAAAAUGUUCUGCUAACCAAAUCUAUGAGGAAUGUGGUUCUCCAUGUAUUAAAACCUGUUCCAACCCAGAGUACAGCUGUUCCAGUCACUGUACCUAUGGUUGCUUUUGUCCAGAAGGAACUGUUCUUGAUGACAUCUCAAAAAAUCAAACAUGUGUUCACAUUAAGCAGUGUCCCUGUGCACUGAAUGGGAAAACAUAUGCUCCUGGUGAGACAAUGAAAGCAGCAUGCAGGACCUGUAAAUGUACGAUGGGUCAAUGGAACUGCAAAGACUUGCCCUGCCCUGGAAGGUGUUCACUGGAAGGAGGCUCCUUUGUUACCACAUUUGAUUCUAGAUCAUACAGGUUCCAUGGGGUUUGCACUUACGUUCUUAUGAAGAGUUCCAGCCUGCCACACAAUGGAACCCUAAUGGCUGUAUAUGAAAGGUCUGGUUAUUCUCAUUCUGAGACAUCACUUAGUGCUGUAAUUUACCUAUCUACAAAGGAGAAAAUUGUGAUUUCUCAGAAUGAGCUCCUUACUGACGAUGAUGAACUUAAGCGGCUACCUUACAGAUCGGGAGAUAUUACUAUUUUCAGACAGUCCUCGAUAUACAUUCAAAUGUAUACAACUUUUGGGCUGGAACUUGUGGUUCAGACAUCACCUGUGUUCCAGGCCUAUGUGAAAGUUGGAUCACAAUUCAAAGGCCGAACCCUAGGUUUGUGCGGCAAUUACAAUGGAGACACUACAGAUGACUUCAUGACUAGCAUGGAUAUCACUGAAGGGACGGCCUCCCUGUUUGUAGAUUCCUGGAGGGCAGGAAAUUGCCAUCCUGCUUUAGAAAGAGAAACUGACCCUUGCGCUUUGAGUCAACUGAACAAAAUAUCUGCUGAGACUCAUUGCUCCAUUCUUACCAAGAAGGGUACAGUGUUCGAGAAAUGCCAUGCUGUGGUGAACCCUAUUCCUUUCUACAAGAGAUGUGUCUACCAAGCCUGUAAUUACGAAGAGACCUUUCCUUAUAUUUGUUCUGCUCUGGGAUCAUAUGCACGAACAUGCAGUUCAAUGGGUUUAAUCCUUGAGAACUGGAGAAACAGUAUGGACAAUUGUACCAUUACUUGUACUGGCAAUCAAACAUUCAGCUACAGCACUCAGGCAUGUGACAGGACGUGCUUGUCACUCUCCAACCGAGCCCUGGAAUGUCAUCCAACUGACAUCCCUACUGAAGGCUGCAAUUGUCCUAAAGGAAUGUACUUGAACCACAAGAAUGAGUGUGUUCGUAAAUCAUAUUGUCCCUGCUAUUUAGAAGAUAGAAAGUACAUCUUGCCUGACCAGUCAAUAAUAACUGGCGGGAUUACCUGCUACUGCGUUAAUGGGAGGCUAAGUUGUACAGGCAAACCUCAAAAUCCUGCAGAAAGCUGCAAAGCUCCUAAGAAAUAUGUAUCAUGUUCUGACAAUUUAGAAAACAAGUAUGGAGCUGCAUGUGCCCGUACCUGUCAGAUGCUGGCUACUGGAAUUGAAUGUAUACCCACUAAGUGUGAAUCAGGCUGUGUCUGUGCUGAUGGGCUGUAUGAAAAUCUCGAUGGCAGGUGUGUUCCAGCUGAGGAGUGUCCAUGUGAAUAUGGUGGUCUUGCUUAUGGAAAAGGUGAACAGAUCCAAACUGAAUGUGAGAUGUGCACUUGCACAAAAGGCAAAUGGAAAUGUGUUCAGAAAUCAAAGUGUUCCUCAACGUGUAAUCUGUAUGGAGAAGGCCACAUCACCACUUUUGAUGGACAGCGUUUUGUGUUUGAUGGCAACUGUGAAUACAUACUAGCUAUGGAUGGCUGCAGUGUUAAUAGACCUGUUUCUUCUUUCAAAAUUGUUACCGAGAAUGUCAUCUGUGGGAAAUCAGGGGUUACAUGCUCCAGAUCCAUCAGCAUUUACCUUGGGAAUUUGACAUUCAUACUGCGAGAUGAAACCUUCACUAUUUCUGGGGAAAAUCCUGGAGUACGAUAUAAUGUGAAAAAGAAUGCCCUUCACCUGAUGUUUGAUAUCAUUAUCCCAGGAAAAUACAACAUGACUCUUAUCUGGAAUAAGCACAUGAACUUCUUCAUCAAGAUCUCCAGAGAAACACAGGAAACUAUAUGCGGUUUGUGUGGGAACUAUAAUGGCAAUAUGAAGGAUGAUUUUGAAACUCGAAGCAAGUAUGUGGCAUCAAAUGAAUUGGAAUUUGUCAAUUCUUGGAAAGAGAAUCCUCUCUGUGGGGAUGUAUACUUUGUAGUGGACCCCUGUAGCAAGAACCCGUAUCGUAAAGCAUGGGCAGAAAAGACAUGUUCCAUCAUCAACAGCCAAGUCUUUUCUGCCUGUCACAAUAAGGUGAAUCGUAUGCCCUAUUAUGAGGCCUGUGUUCGAGACUCUUGUGGUUGUGACAUUGGAGGGGACUGUGAAUGCAUGUGUGAUGCCAUUGCAGUAUAUGCCAUGGCAUGCUUAGAUAAAGGUAUCUGCGUUGACUGGAGGACCCCUGAGUUCUGUCCUGUCUAUUGUGAGUAUUACAAUUCUCAUAAAAAAACAGGAAGUGGUGAUGCUUAUUCCUAUGGCUAUAACAAUGACAACUGCACCUGGCAUUACAGGCCUUGUAAUUGUCCAAAUCAAAACUACAAAUAUGUCAACAUUGAAGGCUGUUACAACUGUUCUCAUGAUGAAUACUUUGACCAUGAGAAGGAAAGAUGCAUGCCAUGUGGAGAUGAAAGCACUAGUACCAAACCUAAAACAUCUUCACCUUCAAUAG